CUGGGUUCCGGCUAGUUCCGGUUUCGGAGAAGCUAGGAGUGGCGGGUGACAGAAGCUAGAGGUGUAGUGACAGGGGUGUGUUGUUAGUGCGUAAGAGCGCUGAUAGGGGUGAGUGAGAGAACAGCACAGAGGGCUGGUGGGGAGUUACGAACAAGUAGGAAACAAGCUCACGGGCACCCAAAGGAAGAGGCCAAACAUGCCGCGUUUCGGUGCAGGGGAAAUCUCAGCCGGAUUCUCACAUAAACCUGUUAUGAAUGGAGUACAGCGCUGCGAGAACGGGGCACUAAAAAAUGGAGUAAUAGCAGUGGAGAAGGUAUUUGUUUCACAGGUCCAUAAUGGGGGUUUGUAUAAGAGACCUUUUAAUGAAGCAUUUGAAGAGACCCCAAUGAUAGUGGCCGUUCUCACUUACAUGGGCUAUGGCAUCCUUACUCUGUUUGGGUACCUAAGAGAUUUCCUCAGAAGUUGGAAGAUUGAAAAGUGUCACAUUGCCACUGAAAGGGUUGAACAGAAGGACUUUGUGCCACUUUAUCAAGACUUUGAGGAUUUCUACACCAGGAAUCUAUACAUGCGGAUCAGGGAUAACUGGAACAGGCCAGUUUGCAGUGUUCCUGGAGAGAGAAUAGACCUUAUGGAGCGCUUUACUGAUGACUACAACUGGACAUUUAAGUUUACAGGCAGAAUGAUUAAGGGUGUAAUAAACAUGGGCUCGUAUAACUAUCUGGGAUUUGCGCAGAACACUGGAUUGUGUGCCGAUGCAUCAGCACAAGCUCUGAACCAGUAUGGAGUAGGAAUGUGCAGCACACGGCAGGAAAUUGGAAAUAUGGAUAAACAUGAGGAGUUAGAACAUCUAGUUGCGAAAUUUCUUGGUGUGGAGGCUGCAAUGGUAUAUGGAAUGGGCUUUGCCACAAACUCAAUGAAUAUCCCAGCACUAGUUGGAAAGAGCUGCUUAAUCCUCAGUGAUGAGCUGAACCAUUCCUCUCUGGUACUAGGAGCCCGUCUUUCUGGCGCCACCAUUCGAAUUUUCAAGCAUAAUAACAUGCAAAGUUUGGAAAAGCUGCUGAGAGAUGCAAUUGUACAGGGCCAACCACGGACACAUCGGCCGUGGAAAAAAAUCCUUAUUGUGGUUGAAGGAAUCUACAGUAUGGAGGGCUCCAUAGUCAGACUGCCUGAGGUUAUUGCUCUGAAGAAGAAGUACAAAGCCUACCUCUACUUGGAUGAGGCACAUAGUAUUGGGGCUUUGGGACCCAAUGGUCGUGGUGUAGUUGAUUUCUUUGGUCUGCACCCCAGAGAUGUGGACAUCAUGAUGGGAACUUUCACAAAAAGCUUUGGGAGUGCAGGGGGAUAUAUCGGGGGCAGCAAGGCUCUAAUUGAUUACCUUCGGGCUCACUCUCACAGCGCUGCAUAUGCCACUUCCAUGUCCCCACCAGUGGCACAACAGAUCAUAAGCUCUAUGAAAUGCAUUAUGGGAGAAGAUGGAACUAUAGUAGGCCAGAAUCGUGUGGAACAGCUGGCAGAAAACACAAAGUAUUUUCGCCGCCGACUUACUGAAAUGGGAUUUAUUAUCUAUGGAAACGGUGACUCCCCAGUAGUACCUCUGAUGUUGUAUAUGCCAGCCAAGAUUGGUGCAUUUGGCAGAGAAAUGCUGAAGAGAAAUAUUGGGGUAGUGGUAGUGGGAUUCCCGGCAACUCCAAUAAUUGAAUCCAGAGCUCGAUUCUGUGUAUCUGCUGCCCACACAAAGGAGAUGCUUGAUGCGGCCUUGAGAGAGAUUAACGAGGUGGGAGAUCUCCUGCAACUGAAAUAUUCUCGUCAUCAUUUUGUACCUUUACUGGACCGACCUUUUGAUGAAACCACAUAUGAGGAGAGUGAGGAUUAAUAUCCGAUGGAGAAGUGAGGGGGAGGGAAUCUGUGCCAACCAACAGGACACUUCUAGAAUAUGUAUACACCUUUCCAGCAUCCCAUGCUGUGAGGGCAACUACAAUCUCUCCUUCUAUACACCUCUGUCUUCGAUUACUUCUUGGAUGGAGAGGAGGUGCCGUUUUAUAGAUAUUUACCUUUUUUCUAUUAUUUAUUUGGAAACGGGACCAGUGACAACUCCACGUCAUUAAGCUUGAGGUCUUCCUCACACUAACCUUCAGCACUGUGGAUAAGAUUUCUUGGCAGCUACUCAAGUCGAUUUUACUUAUGGUCAUAUGUAUGUAACGUACUUGCACAAAGUAUUGAGAUACAGCGCAACUCUCACACUGGUGAUUCCUCCUGUCCUUUCAUUUUAAAAACCUUUUAACCAUACCUCUGCCAGAGCUGUUAGCAAUUAGUUGCUGUACCCGCUCUUGGAAUGCUUUAAUUUGAAAAUGUUAACAGCAUAGGUGCUACUUAAUAUGCUGUAUGUAGGACUGGGGUUUGCAAUACCACUGCUGUCGGGUACUCUGGCACAGAUUGGCUGGAUAGCUGUUUCUGAAAUCAUGCUUGUCACUUUUUUGCCAAGACCAAUGUAUCUGCGUACUGUUUAAUGAGAUCCAUAUUGGGGGAAUUAAUUGGCACUGCAGACUGCAGGGGGGGCUUAAUUUUACUAAAACAUCUGGGACCAUACAGAUUGUUGUCAUGGACACAUGGACUUCUCUGCCAUCUUUAGACAAAAAGAAGCUAAAAUAAAUAAAUAUAUAGCCUGAAAUAAUUAUUAAUGUUACAGGCUGCAAUAUCAGACCAUACUUUGCAUAAAUGGAGGAUGUUGAGAUCAAAUAAUUUGCAGAUGUAUGAAUAGAAUUGCUUUCCUUGGCCAGUGUAAGUUCUGAUUGGAUGAUAUGGGUUCUGAUGUUUACUUGUGCAAAUGGAACGUUUCUAAUGUUUGCUAAAGCUUUUUUUCUAAAUGUACAUUCCGGCAGUUCUGAAACAAACAUUUAGAAAAUCCCCCGUUUAGCUUAUCUAAGCCCUGCAGUCUCUUGUUCACCUGAAUCUCUGAAAUGGCCUUAAAGUGUAUGUUUUUGGUAUGAAGUUCAAAGUAACUGACCCGAAAGAAUGCAGACUUGUAUGUCCCUUUUAUGCGAUAAUACCUUAACGUUUUUUAUGUUCAUUACUUUUUGGUAAUGAUUUUGAGAAAUUAUCUUGUUAACGCUCCAGCUCUUCUAAAACAGUAUGUUAUGGAUGUUAUGGCACACAAGUCAAAGUGAAAUAUCUGAUUUGUGAGAUUGUAAGCUGCUAAAAAAAAUAAAAAUCAAAUUAUUUUUUGUG